GGUCUAAAUUGGUGACAUUUGAACCCCUUGUAUCUGGACCUGAUCUGGACUCUCCAGUUUGGAGGAUGUUUUUCAUGUGAGUGCUGCAGGAUUUAAGUGUUUGCACGACACAGGUGGUCGACAAAGAAGUGCGUAAAGUCGACUCGACACAGUUUAUAAAACGAAAAAUGUCCUCACCCACGUCCAGACGGAAUAGUUCCCGUGGAUCUGUGUGUGGAUACCGGGCAUCAUCAGAGUGCCAUGCACGCCGCCGGGGCUCCAGCUGCUCUUACUUCUCCCCUGAAGACUUCUCUGUUAGUCUUAACCAGCCAAUAUUCACUAUCACGCUCAAGUUUCUGCUGGCGAUAGAUCUGUGGCUGUCCAAGCGGCUCGGAGUGUGCGCCUGUGAGGAGGCACCCUGGGGCGGCAUACGGCCCCUGGUGCGUUUGGUGGAGUUCUCCGGGCAUGUCAUCCCCUGGCUCAUCGGCACCGUUUACACCUUGCUCCGGGGAGAGAGUGUGGAGGAGCAGGAGAUCAUGCUGAAUUUAACCCUGGCUUUGUUGUUGGACCUGCUAUUAGUCAGACUUCUGAAGACUCUGGUCAGACGUCGCAGGCCAGCCCAGAACCGCUCUGAAAUCCUUUCUACCUUCUUUGUAGAGCGUUAUUCCUUUCCCUCGGGCCAUGCCACACGAGCCGCCAUCUGUGCCCGCUUCCUCCUUGCUCAGCUGGUGGACACAGCCUCCAUGCGGGUCCUGGUGCUGGGUUGGGCCACUCUGGUGAGCCUGUCUCAACUGCUGCUUGCCAGACAGUAUGUAACAGAUGUGGGCUUUGGCCUGGUUAUGGGAUAUUGCCAGUACAGUAUGAUGGAAAGGUUGUGGGUUACCUGGGACUGCCUGCAGGACCUGCUGCUCAUAGGACUGAGAGAAAGACUAAACAGGGCUUACAGUGGACUCCGAAUGGCAGACUGGAAACACUAGGAUUACUGGAAACGUGUGCAAGUGUCUAUGUGUGGGGAAAAUGUGUAGCAUGAGUGUGUAAUGAAGAAAUUCCCUUCUGUUAUGAAAUGUGAUAUUUGUCUAGGACUAUAAAAUAGUUUCACCAGUUUGCUUUAACUUUGUUUAUAUGUUUAAAAAAGUUUUUUUUUUUUCCAUUUUUUCUGUGUUUUUUUUGUUUUUUUAGGAAAUGUAGGUGGGUAUAUGAAAUACAAUAUGAGGCGUGUAUGUAAACAAAGGUAGGCUGCAUAUCCCUCAAUGAUGCACAUGCAUCUCCAGACUGUAUAAAACAUGGAUGUAGUAUCAGUGACGUAACCUAAUAGUUUCUGAAGCAGGUUUUUGAAGCCCAUUGAUGGCAGUGGGUAAACUGGAAAUGCUGACUUAACCAAACUUUCACUUGACUUAGCAAGAGGCAAAGAGGUGGAGUUGCAGAGGGCCUUUAGUCCCCCUUUCUAACAGCCACAGGGUGCUCUUAUGUAUGUCAAAUCAGCUGUACCCUUUAUCAUUUAAAACUUCUUAACUUAAGAUCUUCAAAACUAUUGAGUUAUAAAAUCAUCCGCCACAUAGUAGAUAGUGUGCAGAUAGAGAAAAAAAAACGUUUUAUUUGUAUCACGGUGUGGAUAUGUUCAAUGUUGCUGUAAAGAUAGGCUUUAAAAACAAGUGUGUUGUGGUUGUUGGGACUUUUACAGACAGUCUCAAGUGCCUUCUCCAGGAACUGCAGUUUUUAGCACUUUUUGUGGGCUGCCACUUGGUGUAAAGUGAGAAUUUCAGAAGUGUCAAAAUGUGAUCAUAACAUGUAUGUGGUUAACUGUUUUGUUUUUUAUUGAUUUGAUACAAUACACAAUGGGUUCACUGUAACAGUGUGAAAUCUAGUGGGCAGAAGUCAUCUCACACUCACCAAAGUUUUCAUCAGCUGCUGCUUACUCACUAGACUGUAUUUAUAAUACUGUCUCAGUCAGUGUUAACAGUCAGCCACCAACUUUAAAAUAAAAACGCAAUUCUCAAGCUAAA